AUGGAGAAUGGCACAGGAGACGAGCASAACCACACUGGGCUGCCACUGGCAAGCCAGGAGAUCAUUACAGCUGAGUACCAAGUGGUCACCAUCCUCUUGGUGCUCCUCAUCUGCGGGCUGGGCAUCGUGGGCAACAUCAUGGUGGUUUUGGUGGUCCUCAGAACCAAGCACAUGAGAACUCCCACCAACUGCUAUCUGGUGAGCCUGGCCGUGGCAGAUCUCAUGGUGCUGGUGGCUGCAGGGCUGCCCAAUAUCACAGAGAGCCUGUACAGAUCGUGGGUGUACGGCUACGCCGGCUGUCUGUGCAUCACCUAUCUCCAGUACCUGGGCAUCAACGCCUCUUCYUUCUCCAUCGCUGCCUUCACCGUUGAGAGGUACAUAGCCAUCUGCCACCCAAUCAAAGCUCAACUCCUAUGCACUUUUUCAAGAGCCAAAAAGAUCAUUAUUUUCGUUUGGGCUUUCACCUCCAUAUACUGUAUGCUCUGGUUUUUCUUGCUAGACCUUAACACAGUAGCCUACAAAGAGACAACUGUCGUGUCCUGUGGCUACAAGGUGUCCCGCAGUUAUUACUCUCCUAUCUACAUGAUGGACUUUGGUAUAUUUUAUGUUGUGCCCAUGGUGUUGGCRACUGUCCUCUAUGGCCUGAUUGCCAGAAUACUGUUCCUGAACCCCAUCCCUUCGGACCCAAAAGAGAACUCUAAGACCUGGAGGAAUGAUGUGGCUCACCAAAGCAARGCUGUGAAUUCCAAGAUGACUAACAGGAGUUUCAACAGCACUGUUGCUUCUCGGAGGCAGGUUACCAAGAUGCUGGCCGUGGUUGUGAUCCUGUUUGCAUUCCUGUGGAUGCCCUACCGCACCCUGGUUGUGGUCAAUUCCUUUCUCUCCAGACCCUUCCAAGAAAACUGGUUCCUGCUAUUUUGCAGAAUCUGUAUUUAUUUAAAUAGUGCCAUCAAUCCUGUGAUUUAUAAUCUCAUGUCCCAGAAAUUCAGAGCAGCCUUCAGGAAACUCUGCAACUACCAGCAKAAACAGGAGAAGAAACCUGCCAGUUACAGCAUGGCCCUAAAUUAUAAUGUCAUCAAGGAUUCCGACCACUGCAGCACCGAGCUGGAAGAUAUCACCCACACCUACCUGUCCUCUGCAAAACUGUCCAUUGGUGACACGUGUUUGUCAUCCAAGGUAGCAGUUCAUACAUUUCAGU